AUGAACAACAUUCUCGCUCUGGACCCGCUCCCGGGUCGUCAAUCCUGGGAAAAAUCUCUGGGAGAAUUUUUGGGGAUCGUCACCGCAGCGGAUCCCGGCAAGGUGUUCAUCGAGAUCGCAGGUCAGCAAAUUACCUACGGGGACUUCAUGUCCCGUUGUCGCCGCGCUGCCGCCAUGUUUCGGGAUUUGGGGAUCCGUCAUGGAGACCGGGUUUGCAUCUUCCUGCCAAACGUGCCGGAAGUGCUCUAUACGUGGUUUGGCCUGUCAUUGAUCGGUGGGAUCACCGUUACCAUCAACACAGCUUAUCGCCGCGAUGAGACGGCCUAUAUCCUGAAUAACGCCGAGGCCACCGCGGUGGUCGCUCAUGACUCCCUGAUCGACGUGGCCUCGGCUGCCGCCGACCUGGCUCCUUGUGUGCUGCAUCGAUUGUGGGUCGGGGAUGGCAGCGUGCCUGACGGAUGGACGCCGUUCACGGAAUUGUUGAACGGCUCAACCGAAAUCGCCGAACUGCCGCCGGUGGCCCCCACCGAUCUCUCCAUGCUGCAGUACACCUCGGGCACCACCGGAAACCCCAAGGGCGUGGAAGUUACCCACCAGAUGUAUGUGGCGGCCGGACAGGGAUUCGCCCUCUGGACGCAGGCCACCACCGACGACCGGUUCUUCACUUGCUUGCCUUAUUUCCACGCCAACGCCCAGUAUUACAGCACAAUGGGCACCCUGGCAGCCGGCGCAACGCUGAUAGUUCAGGACCGGUUCAGCGCUUCCAGGUUCUGGCAGCAGGUCCGUGAGGCGCAGGCCACGGUGGUGAAUUUCAUCGGCAUGAUGAUGCCGGUGCUGGCAAAGAACGACCCUUCGUCCGACGAUUCCGAUAAUACGGUUCGCCUGUUUUAUGGCUCUCCAGCCUUCUCGCCCGAGUUCCUGGCCGAAUUUGAGCAGCGUUUUGGCACCGACAUCAUCGUUGGUUUCGGUAUGACCGAAACAUGCUACGGCACCAUCGAAAGCAUCAGGGGAGAACGCCGCCCCAAUUCCUCCGGUCUGCCCCGCCAACACCCCGAUCCUGCCUUCGCCAACGCCGUACGCAUCGUUGAUGACGACGGCCUGCCCGUGCCCAACGGACAACCGGGUGAAAUCACGAUCUGUAACCCGGCCACCAUGACCGGUUACUGGCGAAACGAGGAGCAGACGGCCCUCUCGCUGCGCGACGGUUGGCUGUUCACCGGCGACCUGGGAUGGCUGGACGACGACAAUUAUCUCUAUUUCGUUGACCGUAAGAAAGACGUCAUCCGCCGCCGCGGUGAGAAUAUCUCUUCGCAGGAAGUGGAAGACGUAAUCAAGCGGCACGAAAGGGUUCUUGAUUGCGCCAUAAUUGCCGUGCCGUCCGAGCUCGGCGAAGAUGAAGUGAAAGCGUACGUCACCCCGCGCGCCGGCCAGACGGUGCAGCCCGAUGAGGUGGUGUACUGGUGCGCCGAGCAUCUGGCCUACUUCAAGGUGCCACGAUAUAUUGAAAUACGCGAAGAGCUGCCCCGUACUCCCAGCCUUCGCGUUCGCAAGGACCUGUUACGUCAGGAACGGGAAGAUUUGAUCGCCGGUUGCUUCGACCGAGAAGCGGCCGGGAUCCAGAUUCGGCGCUAG